CAUCUUACGCUGUACAGCAAGAAUUACAGUGGAGCAAGCACCUGGUGUAUUUUGCUAUGUAAACAGCUGAUGUGAGGUUGGCAGAAAUAUAUCUCAUUGUUGAUACUAUCAUGGUACUUCAGAGAUAGUUCGUGUGUGGCCUCUUCCUACGUUGCGUUACUUGUUGCAAAACACAGCAAUGAGCAGUGAAUUACGCGUUUAGUAAAUUUUACAAUUUAUUCUUUUGUAUCGACAAAAGAAAAUGAAAAACAUUGCAAUAUUUGGUGCUACCGGAAUGACUGGUGUCUGUGUAAUUAAAGCAGCUUUGGACAAAGGUUUGAAAAUUCGAGCCCUUUUAAGGGAUCCAACUAAAUUACCAAAAGAAUAUAAUGGAAAAGUUGAUGUUAUCAAGGGUGAUGUUUUACAUGCUGAAGACGUUAAACGCACUUUGGAGGGGCAAGACGCAGUAAUAGUGGUUCUCGGAACAAGAAACCACUUAGGUCCAACAACAGUGAUGUCGGAUGGUCUGAAAAACAUAAUAGCAGGGAUGAAGGCACUAAACAUUAGUGUAGUCUCGGUCUGUCUAUCAUUGUUCUUAUUCUACGACCCUAAGAAGGUGCCAGUGAUGUACCACGAAGUCACUGCCGACCACAGGAGGAUGUUCGAGGCCCUGAAGACAAGUGGAUUACAGUGGGUUGCUGUCAACGCCGCCUACAUCAGUGACCAACGUUCCACCGGUUACAUCGUACAACACGACGCAAAUCCGAGAUACUCGACCGUUUCUAAAUACGACCUGGCCCAGUUCUUCGUGGACAGUCUGACAAAGCCAGAACACUUCCAAAAAGCGGUUGGAAUCGCCAGCAAUCCUCGAAGAUAACAGCAAACAAUAGCUAGACAAAGUAUUGAAAGACACAGCUAUUAACUUUGAUUAAAUGAAAAUUGCACUCUUUUCUUGAAUAUUUUGUAAAUAAAAAUGUUAAAUUUGUCCAAAAUAAUGCUAGACGUAACGUAUGCAAUGGUGUAAUGCCAAUACGAAGAAAAAUAUUUGUUGUGGCUAAAAAGGUAAAAACUUUGAAUGUGCCAAGGUGUUUAUUUACCAGUACAAGUUCAAUAUGAAACAUAAAUAAAAAUAAUGCUUAAGUAAAUGAAGAUUUUUGUGAUUAAAUAUUUUGUGGAGUGUAGUUUAGAAAAACCUUGGCGAACUUGGUUAUAGAAGGCAGAAUGUUGACAUGCGUGCUAGUUUAAGUAUGAAUUAAGUAGACUAUGUAAAAUGAAAUGUAUAUCGAUGAAAUGUAUGUGAUUGUAAGUAAAAUAAUGGAAUCAAAAUAUACAAAUUUCUGCCUUUAUGUAUUA